AUGACUAAUGAAAGCAAGUUGGCUUUUGGGUUUGGUUUCCAUCCCAGAACCAAUGAGUACAAGGUGGUCAGAAUAGUGGAACAAGAACUGCCUAUGGGUUUGGAACAAGAACAACAUAUUGAAGUUUUCACUCUAGGCAAACAACCCAUGUGGAUGAUCAACAGAAAGAACCCAUUCUUGCUUCGGAUGCAACACUAUGCAGCUUCGUUUAAUGGAGCACUACAUUGGUUAGGCCAAGAUAAGCAAAAUGGUUCAACAAUUAUAGUUUCCUUCGAUUUGGAGUCCGAAGAAUUUCAACAGAUUCCAACACCAGAUAACUGUGAUAAGUCUGGAUUGGAUCGGCAAGAUUGUCACGUAGUAGUGCUAGGAGGGUGUCUCUGUGUGGUUGAUUAUGAUGAGUUUGAUAGGAUUGACAUAUGGUCAAUGAAGAUUUAUGGUGCAAAGGAGUCUUGGAUCAAAGAAUACACCGUGGAGCCUUUGGACGGUUUGAGAGCACCUAUUCGGCCUCUAUGUCUACUGCCAAAUCGUAACAUUUUAAUCGAGUUUCAAUAUCUCCAUGAGUGCUUUUAUGUUUAUAGUGUAGAUUCGAUGGCAGUCUACAAGAUAAGAAUUCGUGACCUUCGUGACGUCCCCCCUUGCCAUUCAUUCCGAGCAGUUUCUCUUGUUGACGAUAUGUGA